CGGGUGGAACCUUUGCCCCCAUUUAGAGUCUGAAAAAGUGAAACCAACUCGGCCAGCUGCAGGAGUGGCGAGCUCAGGGUGAGUUGCCUGUUCGCGGACAAAGCCAGCAGACGUCCACACAGCAUGGAGCCCCCUGCCUGGAGGUAUCGGGAUGGGCUGUUCGCUGGCCCCGAUGAGGACAGCAGCUUGUACUUCACCUACAGCGGGGCACCCAACGUUCUGGAGGUCAAGCAGCUGCACUAUCAGGUCAACAUGGCUGCCCAGGUGCCAUGGCACGAGAAGCUGGCCGAGUUCCGCAUGCCCUGGGAGAUAGGCAGAGAUGACGUGUCUGUGAUCGGGAACCUCAACCUGAAGGUGCAAAGCGGCCAAAUGCUGGCAGUCAUUGGCAGCUCAGGCUGCGGGAAGACCUCCCUGCUGGAUAUCAUCACUUGUAGAGACGAGGGCGGCAAGAUUGCAUCUGGCGAGCUUCUGAUCAAUGGAAAGCCCAGUUCGCCUCAGCUGGUCAGGAAGAGCAUUGCCCACGUGAGACAGUCGGACCGCCUGCUGCCCCACCUGACCGUCCGGGAGACGCUGACAUUUGUGGCGAGACUGCGUCUGCCCGUUCACUUCACCGACAAGCAGCGGGAGCAGAGGGUUGAAGAUGUGAUUGCCGAGCUGAGACUGCGCCAGUGUGCGAACACACGGGUUGGCAAUGAGUACAUCCGGGGUGUUUCUGGUGGCGAGAGGCGGCGGGUGAGCAUUGCUGUGCAGCUGCUGUGGAACCCAGGGAUCCUCAUCCUUGAUGAGCCGACCUCCGGACUGGACAGCUUCACAGCACACAAUCUGGUGAUCACGCUGUCCAGACUGGCGAGGGGGAACCGCCUGGUGCUCUUGUCGGUCCACCAGCCUCGCUCUGACAUCUUUCAGCUCUUCGACCUGGUGGUGCUCCUGUCCACUGGGUCAGUGGCCUACUGCGGGGCAGCCAAGGACAUGGUGCCCUACUUCACCACCCUGGGGUAUCCCUGCCCUCAGUACUGCAACCCGUCGGACUUCUACGUUGAUCUGAUCAGCAUUGACAGGCGCAGCCGAGAGCAAGAGGCCCAGUGCGAGCAGAGGGUACGGGAACUGACUGUCCAGUUCUGGGAUAAGGUGAAGGACACCGAUGACUUCAUCUGGAGGCCCACCGAGAUCAACGGUGAAGAUUCAGCUUCUACCAGUGAUACCAGUUCCACCUCGAAGGCUCCCGAGGAGGUCAUCAAUGUUCCGGCCAAAUCCAAGGACCAGUUGCCAGGAAGCCUGCAGCAGUUUUCCAUUUUGUUGCGACGCCAGGUCUCCAAUGACUUCCGAGACCUGCCGACUCUGCUCAUCCAUGGCUGUGAGGCUCUGCUGAUGUCCCUGCUGAUUGGCUUUCUGUACUUUGGUGCUGGUGACACCAAGCUGUCCAUCCAGGACACCAUAGUCCUGAUGUACAUGAUGACAACUCUCACGCCAUUUGCUGUGGUCUUGGAUGUCAUUGCCAAGUGCCACUCAGAGAGGGCGAUGAUCUUCCACGAGCUCGAGGACGGCAUGUACUCCGUCACAGCCUACUUCUUUGCUAAGGUGAUCGGAGAGCUCCCAGAGCACUGUGCCUUCACCCUGGUAUACGCUGUGCCAAUCUUCUGGCUGGCAGGCCUCAAUGCAGAGACUGGGCCUUUCCUGUUGAACUUCCUCAUCGUCUGGCUUGUGGUGUACUGUAGCCGUGCUAUGGCCUUAUGGAGCGCAUCUCUCCUACCGACACUGCAACUGUCCUCCUUCAUGGGCAACGCUCUCUUCACCACCUUCUACCUCACGGGCGGCUUUGUCAUCAGCCUAGAGAACAUGUGGCUGGUGGCAGCGUGGUUCUCCAAAAUCUCUUUUCUGAGGUGGGGCUUUGAAGGGCUCAUGCAAGUCCAGUUCAUAGGACUGAAGUACAAGAUGACGCUUGGAAACUUCACGUUCCAUAUUGACGGGAGUCAGGUCGUGGAGGCAAUGGACUUGAAUUCUGACCCACUCUAUGCCUGCUACCUCAUCUUGCUGGCCGUCUGCGUCGUCUUCAUGUUUUUCUACUACCUGUGCCUCAAAUUCAUCAGGCAGAAGUCAAGCCAGGACUGGUGAUCUGCUGGGCUCUCCAAUUCCCUGAAGAAGCAAUCUGUGCCACUAGAUGGCAGCAUGGCACCACGCACAAGGCACAUGAGAGCAUCCAAGACUUGCGCUGCCUGCCGUUUUCACUGAUCUUGUGACUGAACGGACUUUGUGACUGAGGCCUGCAUGAUGAUUGGAGUGGGGGGGUUAGGCUGAUGGCAUCUCGUCACCUCCAGGGUUGUUCAUACUGCAGGUCUCACUUUUCCAGUCAUUUUGAGAGUGAGUGUCUCUGUCCAGCUUCUGAAUGUCAAAGGCACUCUGAAACCUUGGUGUGUAGUUAAAGGGGGGUCUUGAUGGAGAAGUGCUACCCUGGCUAAAGUUCCAAAUACCAAGUGUGAUGGAGGAUUCCUGCCUAAAUCUUAAUUAUUGUUUCUGCAUAAAUAUUUCAGAUUAAAAUGG